CUUGAUAGCCCCAUAAUUCUACUCUGUUCAGGACUUUCAAUUGCGUGUUCAGUUGAAGACCAACCUCUUGCUAAAGAUUUAGCCUCAAGCAAACCUAAAAACUGACUUGCACAAAUUAAUUACGUUUUGGUCAAGUAAUUUCAGCUUUAAAUCCAAAAAACCCUGGCUUUUGUGCUACAAAUCAAUCAAUAAUCGAAGAUUAUCGCAAUCAAUCAGUUCGUAGCGCAGAAAUUCGACGUUGUUCCGAUUCACGAAGAAAGAUAAAUCGCUACUUGAGCAGUAACCCUAAGUUGAAAUUGUAAAAAGAAACCUUAAAGUUAUUAAAAAAGGUGUUGAUUUACAAUAAGUUGAAUAUGAGGUUUGAUAAAGGGAGUAUGGUGGAGGUCUUUUCUAAGAAGAAGGAUCCUUCAGGUGUUUGGCGGUGUGCACAGAUUGUGGAGGAUAACGGAGAUGGUUAUACAGUGAGAUAUUAUCGCAGUCCUCACGUAGCUAAAGAGGGUGUUGACAAAGUUCCCUCCGGGAUAGUCCGACCUCGUCCUCCAUCAUUGACGGGGUCUACAGUUUGGGCUGUUGGUGAUGUUUUAGAGGUGUUGGAUGAUGGUUACUGGAGAGUUAGUAUGAUUGAAGAGGUUAUUGAAGAUGAUGAGUAUUAUGGUAUCCAGGUGAUUGGAUCUGUUGAUCAGUUUAGAGUAAGGAAAUCUGGUGUCAGAGCACGGCAAGAAUGGAAAGAUAACCAGUGGGUUCCUAUGGAGAAGGAUUCAGGAAUUGAUAAGAAACUGAUAUCUAGGAUGCAGAAAAUGGCUCAUAUGCAAACACAAGGUGACUUGAACAUUUUGAAGGAUCAGAAAUUUGUCUUACUGUCCAAGACACGGAAAAGGUCAUUGGAGGACUACCUAUCAAAUGAUGAAGCUUAUCUGGAGUGUGGUCAGCAACAAAACGCAGUGAACAAGGAGGUUGAGCAUCACGUUGAGGACUCGUAUUCUUUCACUGGGAAGGUACAGACACCUGGUAAACUAAGGAAAAUUCUGGGUAAGGAGAAGGUGCAAAUUUCUAAGGAAACAACCAAAUUUAACAACACUAGCUAUAAAAAAUAUGAUAAUCCCCAGCCUCUUGGUAGAACCUUUGAACAUGAUUGUGUUGAUGAUAAAUCAUCUGUUGGUAGCAAUAGCAAUUGUGAUGCCCAUUUUGAUAGGUUGGUCAGCCAUUUGUCAUCCAGCUGUAGUCAGGAUUCCGAUUCCGCUGAAUCAGUUAAUCAUAAGGGAGAUGAUGAAGGAAUGUCUCCCGGUCACUCAAAACGGGUAGAUACUUUAAGAUCGCAUGAGCUAGAGUUAAGUAGUUAUCGUAGCACUCUAGAAGCAUUGUAUGCUUGUGGUCCCUUGAGUUGGGAAUUGGAAACCUACCUAACAAACCUUCGCCAGAAGUAUUCUGUUUCAACUGAUGAACAUUUGGUGGAACUAAGGAGGUUAAAGUCUAGUAGAGGUAUUGGGUUGAGUUGUUACUAGCUAAGGAGGUUAAUUUCAAUUGGAGGGCCUUGUGUUGAGCUUAUUACUAGCCAAGUGCUUGUUUAAGCAUACCUCUGAGUUCUGUUUAACUAGUACCCUGUGUAAGAAGGUCGCGAGAAUGUUCAAAUUGUACAUUCUGAGAAUUGUUAAUGCAGUUUAAGGUUGAUAGAAAAUUGGGUAAGUUUUUACGAAAACGUGUACAAAUCUGUUUAGCAUGUAUGAGAUGGUUUAAUUGUUCUUCGUAGAAGGGAUGUUAAACUUCAUUACUGAUACUUUAGGACUUCUUUGUUCUUUGAGGGGACAUUGCGCUAGCUCUUGUAUGCAUGCUUUAUAUAUCUUUUAAAGCAGGCAAGAGUUUUCUAAUUGUAUAUUGCAACAGUUUUUACUUUUCAAAGCAGUGAAUGUUUUACCUGGAAAUUUCUUGCGGAAGUUACAAAUGCAGUAUUUCUUUUGUCCCUGCUUCUUUGUUCCAUCCUUUUAUCUUGUUCUGCAAUUUUAUUCAGACAUCUAUUAAAUAAAUACCGUGCCUACCCGUGUUCUAUUCCUUUUAGAUUCGGAACAUUGAUCAUAGUUGUGAACAGUUACGUACAGAGUUGUUGCUAAUUGUGUUGUUUCAAUAUUUAAGUGUUUUCGAGGUUGCAGUAUAGGUCAUGCAUUUGGUACAGACAGUUGGAUGCAGCAAACUGCAGUCUAUAGACAGAGCCAAGCUCUAAACAGUCUGUGGCCACAGAAAUUUUGUUGUGGUUUCUGAUGCAAUGUGCUUCAAGAAUGUGCUGAUGUUUGUGGGUGAGAAUGUCAAACAUCUGAAAAUUAUGAGGACUAUGCAAAUUGAAGCUCUUAUAAUGUACUCCAAUGUUGUAACUUGCAAGUGUUCCAACAAUUGGAUCAGUUGCUUGAGCUGCACGAUAUCUUUGAUCGACCUGUUUUUGGAAGGAGGUGAAGCAUGAAAGCGAAGCGGAGCUCUGAACAUGCCUUCAAGUCUCUCCCUCUUUAGAGUUUCAGUUGAGUUGUUGCUUAAAUGUGGAACUGUAGUAGUAGUGUUUGCAUACGUUGUAAAACUAAUCAUACGGAAAUGUCCCUGUUUUGCCUUGUUUUACCAUAAUAAGUUACACCGUACACUUAAAAUAAUAAUGAAAAUUUAACCACAACA